CAGUUGGAACGCGCAAGGACUCGGGGACCGGCUUGAAGCGGCUUUUGCAUCGCAAACGCAGUUUUUAUUUAGGUUGUCCGUUUAUGAGGGUUGGCUUAGGGAGGGCACUGGCGAUUAUGGGGGAACUUCCUCUGGCAAGUCACCCCCUGGCGCUGCCAUUACAGCUACCGGUGCGCACCGCUCCCACGCCCCAGUGUCUGGACUCGACUGGAUCCUGGAGGCGGGAGAGGCUAGGACGCGGGCGGGCCGAGCCGAGUUAGAGGCGGGGCCUGGCGGCAGGGGCGGGGGCUUCCAGGCUCCCAGGCGGGGCCUCAGCUAAAGGCGCGGAGCACCGCGCGCCUAGAGCGCGGCGUAGAGCAGCGCCCACUGGAGAGAAGUCGGAGGCGAGGAUCGCGCCGUCCCACCCCGCCCAACAGCGUCCACGCCGCUCCCGCACCCUUACCCCUGCCGGCCCCUGCCGGACGCGACCGGCGGCCAUGCAUCCCCGGGGCUGAGGCGGCCCCAUGGCGAAGCCCGCGUCCCCGCGGUCCGGGCAACGACGGCGCAUGGAGAACUUCCGUAAGGUGCGCUCGGAGGAGGCGCCGGUGGGGGGCGGGGCCGAGGGGGGCGGCGCGGGCCCCGGCCCUUUCGCGGACCUGGCGCCGGGAGCCGUGCACAUGCGGGUCAAAGAGGGCAGCAAGAUCCGGAACCUGCUGGCUUUCGCCACCGCCAGCAUGGCGCAGCCAGCCACGCGCGCCAUCGUCUUCAGCGGCUGCGGUCGGGCCACCACCAAGACCGUCACGUGCGCAGAGAUCCUCAAGCGCCGCCUGGUGGGCCUGCAUCAGGUCACGCGGCUGCGCUACCGGAGCGUGCGCGAGGUGUGGCAGAGCCUCCCGCCGGGGCCCACACCGGGUCAGGAGCCUGGUGAGCCGGCCGCCAGUCUCAGUGUACUUAAGAACGUGCCCAGCCUCGCCAUCCUACUUUCCAAGGAUGCACUGGAUCCCUGCCAACCCGGCUAUCAGCCCCCGAACUCCCAUCCUGCACCCUCGUCCCAGCCAACUGCACCGACGUCCAAGAGGAGCCUAGGAGAACCCGCAGCUGGAGAAGGCUCUGCGAAGCGGUCACAACCUGAGCCAAGUGCUACGGAAGAGGACCAGACGGCCUGAGAACUCGUGGGUCUGGGCCACCUACACUGGCUGGGUCUCACCCGCAGCGCCUCGACCUUGAGACAUAUCUCCAGACUUUUACGCCUCGGUGCUCUGGACACAGCUCCUCAGACUGUCAGCGUGGAGCACAAGGCAACAAGAGAGGGACCCUAGGGAAGCUUCGUGGGUGGUUGCUUCUCUACUUGUGUUGCCUGAAGACGCAGAACUCCCACCUUCAGCUUUUCUGAGCCAUACUAGGACCUUCUUGGAGGGGGGGGCGAAGGUGGGUGGUGGUGGGCAGUGGAACUCUUGAGCCUUGCUCAAGACCCCCAAGGGUUAAAGGCAUCCAGUAUUCAUGCGGGGGCUGGAGUGUGGAAGCCCGGGAAAGCUCUUGGAAUCAUCUUUAUUGGUGGCUAAGGGCCAAGGGUGAGAAGGCAACUGCUGGAGGGCAGGGGAGUCUGAGUUGGGGGGGAGUGUAUUCUGCACGUCCCCUGGGACACCACUCCCUUCUAGUUUUCCUUACCCUGCUCUUAAGGAGCAUCCUGAGAUCAUACUGCAGGAGUGCCUCCAUGGAUGGACUCUAGCUCUUUUAACACCCCCCCCCCCCCACCUCCCCACUGGCCCAGAGGGAGAGACCCAGCACAGAAGUCUAUGCCUACUCCCUGAAUCUCACAGCUGGAGUCCUGCUUCCAAUAAAACAAAAACAAAAAAUG